AUGGUUCUUUUAACGAAAUCAGAUAUAAUUAGAAAAUGUAUAUAAUGAAUUUAAUAAUUUUUUAGAAAUCAACAAAAAUUCUAACCAAGAGACUAAAUCAAGAAAGAGAGUUGAUGGUAAUAACAAAUAUAAAUAUAAUAAAUAUAAGAAAAUAUAGCAAUAUAAAACUAAUCAUUCUCCUCAUAAUACAAAUUAAUAUCUCCUUAGUAAAUUUAUUGAAUAGCCAUCGACAUCUUUAUCUGCUCCCCAAAGCAUACUGGAUAUCUUGUUGUUUUCAAAGCCUUGA